AUGUCAAACAGGCUACGCCGCCUUCAAGGACCGAGGAAAAGCCUCCCAGAUCCGUAUGAUCAGCGGCAGUCUGUGUCGGCAGGUAAUCCUCGCAUCAGGCUGGAUCAACCACAAGAUGCCCUCCCAGACAUCUCACCCCGGCGCAAAGACAAGCAACGGGAGCCCAGAGCUGGAACAACGAAGAAAAAAUCAGGGACAUUGGACCGGCUCACCGCAAGAAGAAGUACACGAAAUCAGCUUGCUGUGCCAGAUGUAGAUGAUCACGGACAGCCACCUCAAAAUACUCCUCGACGCUCGCCACGAAAACAUGGAACGGGUAAUGGCACACCCGGCACCUCGUCAUCCAGAAAGGGACUGCGUCCUCGAGAAUCUUUGUCCCAGAAGCAGGGCGUAGAGGACGAAUACGACAUUGAAGAAGAACCGAACGAAGGCGAAGAUCACACGGUUCCCGACGAACAUGAUGAUUUUGCUGAAAGCGCAGAUGAGAAUGUGCAGAUUGAUAAUCAAGCACCCCAAACGCCAGAGAAAAGACGUCCCGGUCGUCCACGCAAAGUUCCGCAACCAGAGCCUCAGCGAACUCCAUUGACAGAGAAGAGGCGCGUUGGUCGACCUUCCGGGUCAUCGAAAUCGCAAUCAUCGAAAUCAAAACCGGCGGAGUCGGACUCCAGAGUGGCUAGGAAGUCAACGGCAAACAACGAACGCACUGAUCGGGGAAGCCAAGCGGCAGCCCAGCGAGAAACAGGAAUUGAGACGUUACGCAAAUCCCAAGUUCGGUUUUCGGGUGCUACGGAAAAGAAUGAUCUUGAGGAUAGCCCUGAUGAGGCAGAACUGGAGACUCGACAAGAGCAGCCGAGAAAGCGGCCCCGAGGUCACGGUCCUCAAGGGGUCCCAGGACGACCCGGCAAGAAAGCGAGGACUACUAGCCUUCACCAACGUGAUACUGGUGAAACCUCACAAGCCUCGAGCAACCAUGACACGAAUGAGGAUGAGGAGGUUGAAGACGACGACGAACAAACCGAGGACGCUGAUUCACAUCAACUGUUUGGCCAGGGCAGGAAAUUCAAGGAGAUUUAUACCAAUCUCAAGAACGUCGGGGUAAGCCAUAGGAAUGGCACAUCCCAUCGAGCCAAUGUAGACCGCAACGACGACGACGUCAAGGCAAUUUUGAGGCUUUGCAAGAAAGCAAGAACGAGCCUGACACGACUACAAGACGAUCGAGAGAACAGCGAGACCUUGCCAGAUCCGCCACGAGAGUUCAGCCAAAUCACGCACAGAAUCCAAGGACUAUGCGGAGAGAACGAUGAAUUUCCGACGGACUUUAAAGACCAGGACAAGGCUACUGAGAUAUAUCUCUAUGUAAUUCCUGCUCUGGUCAAGCUAUUGAAAGAGACCAUCGAGGCUUACGAGACGAUUGAUGGGAGAGGCGCACGAGGGGCCUCUAUUACCAUCGAUCACCUCCAGACUGUAAUCCGUCUGGUGGCUCUCAUUCUACAACUGGGCGCCAGCGCGAUGGAAUAUGCUAGACCGGACUCUGAGCUCUCUGUGGUGAAACCCGUAAAGCACGACAUACUAAAACCUUUGAAGGAGGUCCGCGAUGGCCUCAUAAGAUACAUCCUCACAAAAGAACAGGACGAGAUCAACACCAGACACCGAGCACGAGAGGAUGCUGAAAUCGCUCGACAACUGCGCGAGGAAGAAGAAGAGCAGGCAAGGCGCAAACGAGAGAAUCACAUCAAAAGUCUGUGGCGGACCCUCCACGAUGAGCGUCUAGAUGUUACAGGAUUCGUGGAUAAAGCAAAGGCCAAGCACUUGCGCAUGCCUUAUGCCACGGUCGAACUUGAUCAGAAUGGCGAGCCUUUCGAGCGACUCGAAGUCUUCAGACACCGCAUCGGACCGCACCCGGUGCAUGUUGAACUCGCAAGGCAACGAGAAUGGACUGUCGAACAAGUCCAAGCGCUGCUUGAAGGUCUAAGGCGAUAUGCCGGCAGACGCGUCUUUCAAGACAUCUUCCGUGUAUACUGCCGGGGGACAGGCAUUCUCUCCGACUACAACGUCACGGAGAUUGUGACGAUCGCCGCAGAUAUGAAAGAGCACCUCGAAGAAGAGCAGAUGGAGGUGUAUGGGGCAAUCGACCAGUGGGUGCAGCAAAUCCCGGUGUGGACAAACAUCCAAACGAUGCUAGGGCAGGAGAAUCGUGGCACGGCGGAACCGUAG